AAAAGUGAGCUGGGAUUGGCUCCAUGUCAUGUUGCUCUUUCUUCGGACCGUCAACCAGUUCAGUCUGAACGGUCUGCUGUUGCCUUUGGAGGUCAUGUGAGUGAGCGCUCCAAAUCCUAAUCCCAGUUUGAGAAUUGAGCACGAGGUGAGUGAGAACAGUCGCUGUCGGUGCUUCCAUCUCGACACCGUCUGAAUUUUAUACACUUUGCGGAAUGACUGGUGAAGCCAUGACCGAAGCGGCCUACCAUGUGAUCUGCACCACUGCCCUGUCUGCUCUCCUGCUGCUGGGUGUGGUGGCUCUGCUCUGCCUCGUCAUGUGCCGGCUGGCUGGAUCGCUGCCUCUGGGCGGACCGGGAACCUUCUGAGUGGGGCAGAUUAAGUUCCUUGCCAUCACCCCUUCGUCAUCAUCAUCAUCAUCAUCGAGAGAGAGAAAAUAGACGAAUGUGUCACAUCAGCGACACCAUGAAGUGGAUAUUGCAGCUUGUCGUCAUCUGCUGCAGUCUCCCAGCUAUGGCGUCUUCGGUCCAAGGAAGCUUUCCUGAGCAAGAGAAGGAUCCCAAUUUCUGGAGAUCCUGGGCGCAACGGACCCUGAACAACGCACUGAUGCUGCAGCAGCUCAACCAGAACCGAGCCAAGAACCUCAUCAUGUUCCUCGGAGACGGGAUGGGCGUUCCCACGGUGACGGCCGCUCGGAUAUUGAAGGGUCAGCUGAGCGGACACCCUGGAGAGGAGACUUUGCUGGAGAUGGACAAGUUCCCCUUUGUGGCUUUGUCCAAGACGUAUAACACGGACGCGCAGGUGGCUGACAGCGCCGGCACGGCCACAGCCUUCCUGUGCGGCGUUAAGGCCAACGCGGGCACGGUGGGCGUGAGCGCCAAUGCCAUCCGCUCCCAGUGCAACACCAUGCAGGGCAACGAAGUCACCUCCAUCCUCAAGUGGGCCAAGGACGCAGGCAAGUCGGUGGGCAUCGUGACGACGACUCGCAUCGUCCAUGCUACACCCAGCGCCGCCUACGCCCACAGCGUGGAACGAGACUGGUACUCGGACAACGAGAUGCCGGCUGAGGCGCUGCGGGCUGGCUGCAAAGACAUCGCCAGGCAACUGUUUGAAAAUAUCCCAAACAUUGAUGUUAUGAUGGGCGGAGGAAGGAAGUACAUGUUCCCCAAAAACACGUCAGACGUGGAGUAUCCCGACGUCGAGAAGCACAACGGCACUCGCAACGACGGUCGGAACCUGGUGCAGGAGUGGAUCGAUAAAACCAAGGACAAAAAAGGCCAUUACGUGUGGAACAAGUCUCAGCUCCUAUCGCUCAACCCUACCAAUGUCGAUUACUUACUAGGUCUCUUUGAACCGUCAGAUCUCGCGUACGACUUGGAGAGGAACGCUGAAACCGAUCCGUCACUCACAGAGAUGGUGGACGUGGCCAUCAAGAUCUUGAGGAAGAACCCCAAUGGAUUCUUUCUGCUCGUAGAAGGCGGACGUAUUGACCACGGUCACCACAGCGGUCUGGCCAAGCUGGCUCUGUACGACGCCGUGGAAAUGGACCGGGCCAUCGGCCGAGCGGGCCUGCUGACCAGCAUCUCGGACACCAUGACCGUCGUCACCGCCGACCAUUCGCACGUGUUCAGCUUUGGAGGUUACACGUUCAGAGGAAACAGCAUUUUCGGCUUGGCCCCCGAGCUGAGCGAUGUUGACCAAAAGCCCUUCACUGCCAUUGUGUAUGGCAAUGGACCGGGUUACAAGUUGGUCAACGGUGAACGGGAGAACAUCUCCACUGUUGACUUUGAGGACAUGCACUACCAUGCUCAGGCCGCCGUUCCUCUCAGCUCCGAGACCCACGGAGGCGAAGACGUGCCCGUGUUCGCCAAGGGCCCGCUGGCUCACCUGAUGCACGGCGUGCACGAGCAGAACUACAUCCCGCACGUCAUGGCCUACGCGGCCUGCAUCGGGAGCAACAAGGCGCACUGCGCGCACGGCUCUCACAUUUUUGACGACGCCACACGUCCCGUCUUCUCCAGCGUCGUCGCCGCCCUGGCGGUCGCGCCAUUUCUGUGCUGACACCAAUGCGCCAUUUGGGAUUUUACAGCUGUUUCCCUUGUUCUUCACACACGUAUGUCAAACAUAGCAUGAUAACUCCACACAUCGUGGAGGUUGCCGCAUAAUUUUAGAGUUCCCCGCCACAAUUUCCCUCUGGAAUACCUGUGGCAUGCGCUAUAGCAGUGUUUCCCAACCUUUAUUGAGACUACGUACAUAUUUCACAUUCCAAAAAACUCACAACACUCCAACACUGAUCUAUUCUCAAUUUACUCAAACAUUGACUUACUUUGGUGUGAAAUCUGGGUCUGUUAAGUACAGCACAAAGCAAUUCUGUCUCACGAAAGGCAACAGGUUAAUUGUGCCUUCUGGCAUCUCGUGGAAGAAUAUCUAACUGUUUUUUCGAGCACUAUAUGUUGCUGGCAUAGAUAGAUGAUCAAAGAUAAAAUAUCUCACAAGAGUGAGAACACACUUCGCAAUUUUGUAAAGAUGAUAUUUUUUUUCAUGGAACAACACUGAAGAAAAGACACAUCGCAGUAGUUAGUGCACAGCUUGUAAAAGAGUGUAAAUUUACCGUCACCUCAAAAUAUCUCAACACACAGCCAUUAAUGUCGAAACGGCUUGCAACCAAAGUGAGUACACCCCUGGGUGAAAAUGUCCAAAUUAGGCCCCAAAAGGUGUACUUAUUGUGAGAUACUUUGUUAUUUGUUGUAAAUAAAUAGUUUUCAGACAAAAUAAGUGAAAUUGGACAGUAAACUCCUCGAACUAAUGUGCCGUGGGACAGUGUUUGGAAAUCACUGCACAGAGGGGCAGUCAGCAGAUUGACUGGCCAAUGGGUUUUGCAAGUAUUGGCUUUGUUGUUUUUGUUUUUUAAACAAUAACAAAAUCUACCUCAUACAUGUUGAGAUGAUGAGAUGUGGUCUGUGCAAAAACAGUUAACAGCUAAAGAGACUAUUGUACUGUGAAGUCUGAAAAGUCAAACGCUAGCUUUGUUUUCAUGAGUUCCCCCCGCAGCAGCCUUUUUCACAUAGUAAAGCAGUAGGUAAUCAAGACACGUACAGGAGAAACAUGAUAUAUAGAUGUACAUACUGUACAUAUUUAUUCUUUUCUUCUUUCCUCAUAAUGGCCGCAUCCAUCUGUUCAUCCUCCGUGAACCAAGAAGUAGUCUGCUAAAGCUGUGUGCACACAUACCGAUGUUUAACCAGUCUGACAAGGAAAAAAAAAAAAGGUUCUUACUGCGCUAAUCGUCUGGUGUACUCGAGAUGACCAACACGGCACACCGCACAUGUACUGAUAGCUAAACCGACAAUCCUGAGCCUCUUGCCGUAAACCGAGAAGUCUGGCGCAGUACCAAGACAAGUAGGUCCUAAUUGUCUUUCGUCCCAUAGCUCGGCCAAACACUGAUAAGGAUUUGCGAUGCUAAGUAUUGAACAGGUUUAAUAUGUACGAUUGUCAGUCCAAACUGUUUUCUGAAAGGAUCAGGGAGGAAAAAUCAUUCUUAGCUCACCUCACUCCACAGGAUAAUCGCUCAGGAUAUUCUUUUAGAGACAUCCGAUUACCAGGCUUUUACUGACUUAUCGGAAUCGGAGAAAAACGUUAGAAUUGUGCACAAUUAUCUGUAUGUGUCUACCAUGCUUUACCAACAAAUAAAUAUUUUUAAAAAUGCA